CCCGUUGUGAUAAACCAAGAGAAAAGUCUCUUUAGAAAUCAUCAUAUUAAAUCCAGACCCAUCUCAAUGUAGGUUCCAAUGAAAAAGCCUAGAAGGAUUAUUUUCUUAGAAGCAAGUCUUAAAAUGGCACAUCUUUUUAAAAUUAAGGUCUUCGAAGUAGUAAGUGGUGAAUAGGCAGGCAGGCAGGCAUCCUGACUUUCAGUUCUCACUAUCUGGACUAGCUCUGCUACAGUACUGAUUCCAAAAGUAUUGGAAGGAAGUUCAGAUGAACAUCCCUGUGUUGACAUCAUAACACCAGUUGCAUAUACUUAUAUGAUCCUUAAAUGGGCAAAACUGAAGGGCCUGGCCCAGUUGCCUAGUUUGUUCAUUUUCAAAAUGUUUUUGUCUGUGUACAUCUCUCAUUUCCUCCAAUGUAUUUUAGUGUCCUUAGACUAGCAAUGUGUGCAGACAGGUAUUCUGUAGACCCUGGGUUAUGUUUCUCUGCUUAUCCAACAUGGCGCCGGAGAGUGGCGACGUGUUGCGUGUUGCUCCUCAUCUGUAUAUCUUGACCCACUUGACCCAGAGCAGAGCCAGCGAACGCGGUAGAUACGGUAGACGGUGAGGACUUCAAGCGAGAGUGAAGCACCGUGGCUACCAGACUCCACUCCUGAGUGUCCUGCUGGCCAACGAGAUGGACAAGCUAAGGGGAAGGUUAAACCAUCAGCGGGACAUCAAGAAUUGCUGCAUUCUCUGUCUCACUGACCCUCAAUACACCUGACUCAGCCAGCCUGUUAUAUUUUUACUGUUAUCUAUCACACUUCCAUGUGCUGAUCAGAUUGGCAGUGUUCCAAAAUCACACAGAUCUUCCUCCUCUCUAUUUGUCAAAGAUAACUUCUUCUAACACAAUUGGUUACUUAGUUUCGUAGCCUGCAUUUCUAUAUAACAGUAUAGAAUCACACAGUAGAGUCCAAUUCAAACCAGUUCUGUGUGUCCACCUUAUCAACUACUGUAGCUUCUGCAAAAAAAGUAUGUACAAAGUUCACAGAGACCAUCUCAACAGUGUCUAUUCUGCAUAGUUAUGUCAUGGACAGGCAUCAAGAAGAAAACAAUUUAUUUAAAUAUGACUGUCUCAUAUUAGCUGGUCAGGUGACUGAGGAUGAGAUCUCAUUCCCCACAGCCUUCUGGGGAAUGUAGGUCAGACAAUAAUCUCCAUAUUGUCUGAGCCUACUACCCUCUCACAUAGUGUGCAGUUAUGAAUCUUAUUAUAGACUGCAUGUCACCACUGAAUCCUAUGCACAAAAAGCACAAAUGAUAUGCACAAAUGGAAAAACCAUCAGACAGUGGUUGUAGGUCAGAAAGGUAACCCAGCAGUACACUCUCUCUUUCUAGUGAAGCCUGAGAUCACGGUAUUUACAGAAGACCCAAUUGAAGAAGGCGAAACGGAAAGUCGCAUAGCAACCUGCAGGGCAGAGAAUGGCAAGCCGGCUGCUAAAAUCAGUUGGCGAACUCCCUUUCCUACGCUUGGAAGCAUGGAAAGCUCAUCGAUGCACGAGGACCUUACCAUUACCAUCGAGAGCCAGCUGCGAGCCAUCCCAGCACGCUCGAUGCAUCGCCAGGAGGUGCAAUGCGUGGUGGAGCACCUGUCUUUGGCCCAGCCAGAAGUGGUCUCUUCCAAGCUCACCGUGCAGUAUCCCCCUUCUGUUGUUGUGAUAAAAAUAGACACACCAACUAAGCUCGCCUUCCAGUGUGAAGCAGAUGCUUACCCCCCUGUGGACAGAUAUGAUUGGGAAAGGGAGAACGAGGUCCUCCCAGACGGGGCAGCUGUGACUGAAGCUCAGCUGGAGUUCUCUGUCAUCACCCCUGACCUCAGUGGCCUCUACUACUGUAGAGCGAGUACCCCUAAUGCCACAGCAACAGGAGUGCUUUAUCUCCAAAUCGGAAUUUCAACUAAUUAUAUGGCUUUGUUCACUCUUGCUGUUAUACUGCUCCUUUCAGUAAUCAUCAUAUUGGUUUUUUUUCACGCAAAAGUAAGAGAGUUGUCUGUUACUAACAGUUAGACUUCCACUAGGGACUAACUAGGGUCCUCCAGAGAGAUACAGUACAUGUUCCAUUUACACAUGGGUCAGACUUCUCCUGCAUGGUCACAUGUUUCCACCAUGUUGAAUAUGUAUCCUCUCCAGCUGCCUGGGGGAACUCGAUUCAGUAAGUGGAACAUUUGCUGUGAACUGUUAUGUGAUAUAAUUACAACCUAAUACUGCGAAUUGUGCCAAAUAAUUUGCUCUAUGUUUUAAUCUUUUUUUAACCUUCAUAGAUGCCUGUAUUUCUUUGAUGUUACAGUUGAUGCUUGCUUUCUGAUAUUUUACAGCAAAGGAAUUGAGAACAGAAAAUCCUCAAAGUAACAGGAAAACACAGGUUUAUUUUUUUUACUUCACUCUCAAAUGUGCAUGUCUGCACAUUAA